AUGUCUACCCAGGACGAGAGGCAGAUAAAUACAGAGUAUGCUGUAUCCUUGCUGGAGCAGUUAAAAUUCUUUUAUGAACAGCAGUUGCUAACUGAUAUAGUGUUGAUUGUUGAGGGCACUGAAUUUCCCUGCCAUAAGAUGGUUCUUGCAACGUGCAGCUCGUAUUUCAGAGCCAUGUUCAUGAGUGGGCUAAGUGAAAGCAAACAAACACAUGUGCACCUGAGGAAUGUGGAUGCAGCCACUUUACAAAUUAUCAUAACUUACGCAUACACGGGUAACUUGGCAAUAAGCGACAGCACAGUAGAACAGCUGUAUGAAACUGCCUGCUUCUUACAGGUAGAUGAUGUGUUACAACGGUGCAGAGAAUACUUAAUCAAAAAAAUUAACGCAGAAAAUUGUGUGCGUCUAUUAAGUUUCGCUGACCUCUUCAGUUGCGAAGAGUUAAAACAGAGUGCUAAAAGAAUGGUAGAGCACAAGUUCACAGCGGUGUACCACCAGGAGGCUUUCAUGCAACUGUCCCAUGAUCUACUGAUAGAUAUUUUAAGCAGUGACAAUUUAAAUGUGGAAAAGGAGGAGACAGUUCGUGAAGCUGCUAUGCUAUGGCUGGAGUACAACACAGAAUCACGAUCGCAGUAUUUGUCCUCUGUCCUUAGCCAAAUCCGAAUCGAUGCACUUUCAGAAGUAACACAGAGAGCCUGGUUCCAGGGCUUGCCACCUAAUGAUAAAUCAGUGGUGGUGCAAGGACUGUACAAGUCCAUGCCCAAGUUUUUCAAGCCCAGACUUGGUAUGACAAAAGAGGAGAUGAUGAUAUUCAUUGAAGCUGCUGCUGAAAACCCCGGUAGUCUUUAUUCUUCUGUCUGUUAUAGCCCCCAGGCAGAAAAAGUUUACAAACUCUGCAACCCUCCUGCUGACUUGCAUAAGGUUGGGACGCUUGUAACUCCCGAUAAUGACAUCUAUAUAGCAGGUGGGCAAGUUCCUCUGAAAAACACGAAAACCAAUCACAGUAAAAGCAGCAAACUCCAGGCUGCCUUCAGAACUGUGAAUUGCUUUUACUGGUUUGAUGCACAGCAAAACACUUGGUUUCCAAAGACACCGAUGCUCUUUGUCCGUAUAAAGCCAUCCCUGGUCUGCUGUGAAGGAUACAUCUAUGCAAUUGGAGGAGACAGCGUCGGUGGCGAACUCAACAGGAGAACUGUGGAGAGAUACGACACGGAGAAAGACGAGUGGACCAUGGUGAGCCCCUUGCCUUGCGCAUGGCAAUGGAGCACGGCAGUAGCAGUCCACAACUGCAUUUACGUCAUGGCACACAACUUGAUGUACUGCUAUUUUCCCAGGUCAGAUGCUUGGGUAGAAAUGGCUAUGCGGCAAACAAGUAGAUGUUUUGCUUCGGCUGCUGCUUUUGGCGAUAAAAUAUUCUAUAUCGGAGGACUGCAUAUCGCCAGCAAUUCUGGUAUAAGGCUCCCAAGCAGUACUGUAGAUGGGUCUUCCGUAACCGUGGAAAUCUAUGAUGUGAAUAAAAAUGAAUGGAGAAUGGCAGCCAAUAUCCCUGCCAAGCGGUAUUCUGACCCCUGCGUUAGAGCCGUCGUCAUCUCGAAUUCUUUAUGUGUCUUUAUACGAGAAACCCACAUGAAUGAGAGAGCGAAGUAUGCCACCUAUCAGUAUGACCUGGAACUCGAUCGGUGGUUUCUAAGGCAGCAUAUAUCGGAACGCGUGCUGUGGGACUUGGGGAAGGACUUCCGGUGCACCGUAGGAAAGCUCUAUCCAUCUUGCCUUGAAGAGUCCCCAUGGAAACCUCCAACGUAUCUCUUCUCACCAGACGGAGCUGAUGAAUUUGAGCUGGAUGGGGAGAUGGUUACGUUACCACCUGUAUAGCUCCCAAAUUAGACUGCGCAACUGAUUCUGUGCUCAGUUAUCUCGAAAUAAAUGGCCGUCAAAGAACAGGUCUGGAAACAGAAAUGUCAAACCUGUCUUUCAUGAGUUGUGUUUUUAUGCCCUACCUAACAUUUGCUGCCAUUCAGUAUGAAAUCAGUGAAAUGAGCAGAUAUGCUUCCAUAAUCUGAAAUACUAUUAUCUGAUAAUUGAGAAACAUGUAUGUAUAUCAUGAGCUUAAGCAUCUGACUUGUCUAAAGAAUUAAUUUCUAGUUCUAUGAAGUCUCAGUUCAGGAAAAUUAGCUUCAGAAAAAAAGUAGUUACUGUUUCUAGGAUGAUGUCACAACUCUUUUGAAAGUAUCUUCCAGUUAUAUUUCAACUACUUCUGGAUAUUCUACUUAAGUGCUAGUUAUAUACUUGUCAGUGUGGCCUAAUUAAAGGACUGUGCUGCACUUACUUAAUACUAAUAUCCAUGUUGGUAUAGUAAUGCCA